AUGUCACCACUAUCACUCCGUGGAGGGCAAAAGAAAGGUAAAAGCAAAAAAUGGAAGAUAUACUUGCAAUUUCCUCAUUAUACCGAAUGCACCUAUUUGCGAUCUGAAAUUGAUGUCACAUAUAAUUACGUUGUGGAAAAGCAACCGAUAGGCAAAUUAUUAUUUGAGCAGUACUGCAAUACAGUCGAAAAAUAUUCAAAAGUUUGGUCAUUGUUGUUAAAAAUUGAGGAUUAUGAGACAUCGGACGAUGACAAAGAUCGACGAGUUUAUUUGGCAAAACUUAUCGCUCAAUCUUUAUCAGAUAGCCAUGAAAUUGCUACGACAUCGACAGAGCCUUCAUGGUAUAAUUUUUUACCGGAAACAUUAAUUGCUCAACUUACCGCAGUCGAUGAUAUUAGCUUUCAGGGCAGUGAACCACAUGAAAUCUAUUCCCGAGCAUAUCAAAAUAUUCGAAUUUAUCUAGCGAUUGAACCAUUUAAAGAUUUCAUUGAAACGAAUUAUUUUCUUCGAUAUUUACAAUGGAAAUGGUUGGAAAAGCGGCCAGUUGAUAAACAUACUUUUCGGUUAUAUCGCGUGCUUGGCAAAGGUGGAUUCGGUGAAGUUUGUGCAUGUCAGGUUAGAGCGUCUGGAAAAAUGUAUGCGUUAAAGAAAUUGGAAAAAAAAAGGAUUAAAAAAAGGCAUGCGGAAACGUUAACAUUAAAUGAAAAACAAAUAUUGCAGAGAAUAAAUUCUCGUUUUGUUGUGAGUCUUGCUUAUGCUUAUGAAACGAAGGACGCAUUAUGUUUAGUGCUAACAUUGAUGAAUGGGGGCGAUCUGAAAUUUCAUUUAUAUAACUUAAUGCCUGGAGGUUUCGAAGAGAAACGUGUGCAAUUUUACGCAGCUGAAAUAAUACUUGGUUUGCAACAUUUACAUCGUGAAAGAAUCUUGUAUCGUGAUUUAAAGCCGGAAAAUAUACUUCUCGAUGAUUAUGGCCAUGUUCGGAUAUCUGAUCUUGGAUUAGCAGUUGAACUUCGUGAUAAUGAGCCCAUAAAAGGACGAGUUGGUACCGUUGGAUAUAUGGCACCUGAGGUUAUUAAAAAUGAACGUUAUUCAUAUGGUAUCGAUUGGUGGGGAAUGGGUUGUCUUAUUUAUGAAAUGAUUGAAGGAAAAGCUCCUUUUCGACAACGAAAGGAAAAAGUUAAACGAGAAGAAGUAGAAAGGAGAGUUAAAGAGGAUCAAGAAAAGUACUCGGACAAAUUUAGUGAGAUUUCACGAACACUUUGCAGAGGGCUAUUGCAUAAGGAAGCAACAUUUCGUUUGGGUUGUCGUACGGUUGGUAAACCCGAAGAAGGAGCCGAAGAAUUGAAGGCUCAUUCUUUUUUCACUCAAGGUGAUCCGAAAACAGGACGCGAACCUAUGCCAUGGAAAAAAAUGGAGGCAGGAAAGGUUACGCCACCGUUUUGUCCAGAUCCGCGUGCUGUUUACGCCAAGGAUGUACUGGAUAUCGAGCAAUUCAGUACAGUUAAAGGAGUUCGGCUGGAUGCCAAUGAUAAUCAUUUUUACAAUAAAUUCAAUACUGGUAGUGUAUCUAUUCCUUGGCAAAAUGAGAUGAUUGAAACGGAAUGCUUUAAAGAAUUGAAUGUAAUGGAAGUCAAUGGUGUACCUGUAGCUGAUUUACGACCGUUGGAUUCAUCUGAUGAAGCACUGAAAAUGAGCAAUAAUAAUAAACCAAGCCUUUUUGCGCGCAUAUUUAAACGAAAAGUUUAUUUUUGA